CCUUAUUAUCGGCCUUUUAUUCACGACAGUAUUUGGUCCGCUAGAAUACUUCAUCGUGCAAAGUUAUGCUGUAGUUAUGGAAGACUAUCCUGUAGUUAUGGACGAUAUAUACCCUACCAUUUCUUUAAUGGAACCUUGGAAAUCAGUUGGCCUAGUUAUUACGUCCAUUGGAUACAUAUUGGUAACAAUUCAGUGGCUAACUAGUUUUGUUGCUAUACCAUUUCUUUCGCUGUUUUUGUGGCAAGAAUUUAACCGUGUUGAAACACAAUUCCAGGAACUUGCAAACAGUCAGUGUGAAGACACUGAAGCCAGGUUCAACACCUUGGUAAUUCAUCAUGGCCAUGUAACUGAAGUACUUGAGGAUAUCAACAACUAUGUGCAACACUUUAUUUUCACUUGUGUAUUCAUGACUUUGCCGUUGGCUUGUGCCAUAAUAUAUUCCAUUUUAUACAAGUCAGUCAAUUCUGGAGAAGUGAUAGUUUACAGCACAGGUUGUGUGUGGGUCCUUCUUUGUGUAGGCUUGAGACUGCUCGUUGAUGCACUGGUCAGUUCAAAGGCUCACGGGACUCUACAGUACGUAUGGAGGCUUGAUAAAGAACGUUUCUCUGGCAUAGGGCUACAGAAGAUGAACCUGUUUGUGUCAAGAUUGACGGGAGACACUAUCGGCUUCAACAUUCACGGUCUCUUUACCAUCACCAUGCCAACACUCCUUGGGAUUGUCGGAACACUGGUCACCUACAUAAUUGUGGUUGUACAGUUCAAGCCAACAGAGCCAACGUGUCAGUGUGGCGUGUUUAGGAAUGUCACACAGAGUGAUAUGUGAUUUUGAACACGAUGUGUAACAAAAUGUGUAGAUGUGUAAGCUUCUAUAAUCACUACCUUCAGUGUGUCAUCCUUACUUUCUUGUCAUACCUAGCCUCUUACCUUCUUGAGAGGGAAUGCUAAGGAGGUGCAUCAAUAGCAUUGUAGGGAUGUCACCACCCAGUGAAUUACGUGACGAAAGACACUCGUCUCGGCAUAUGAUGAAUACAUACUUGUAUCUCGUUAUAAAGCUGGCAGCCAACUUUGACAAGAAAUGUAAAGAAUAAACAUGUGAUUCAUGUUUGAUUUUCAUAAUACUAGUAUUCUCAAUAUUCUAUGAGUAAACUAAGGUAAUAUCUUAAUAUGUUUCCCAUUGCAUGACUGAUUUUGAAUUUGUGAUUGACAGUGAGAUAAGUGGAAUAAAUUGGUAAAAUGCUUGGAACUAAGGUAUUGAUUCUAUUCCGACUCUUCUUGUUCCAGAAUGAAAACUCUUGAGCUGUGUAUUCGCCAACCAUUCUGAUCACUUACAUAAAAUUUGAUUUCAUGUGCACAUUGCAUUCGUUUCAACAACUGCAUCAUGAA